AUGAAGCCAGAGUUAAUGAGGACUUAUCACUCCCCUAAUAUUCAGGAUGCUCCUCCCUGCUUUGUGCAGUCUGCGAACCACUUGGAAAUUCCAGUAGAUCAGCUGAUGCUAGAACUUAGUAUGUCAGAGCAUGCUCACAAAAGAAAACAGAAUAGUAAAGAAAGCAUGUUUCAGCUAUGGAGUUACCCUCUUAAUGAAGGAAGUGGCAUGAAGAACAGGGAUUGCAAACUAUCUUCAGUAGAAACUGGCUUUAAUAUAACCAACAACCCCAUGAGGCUUUUAACUCUGAACCACUCACUAACAAGCCCUGCAGUUGAUAAGCAAGCUGGUCCUUACCCUGGACUACAACAACAGAUGCCACUAGGACUCUGUUGGCCCUAUGCAGAUGGAGAUUUUUUUAAGGACAGAAAUGAGCCUCAUAAUAAUUUAUGUUCGGCUAUAGAAAGGAGCAGUAGUGAAACACUGUCUGCUCUAAACUGGAAUUUUAAAUACGAAAACAACAAUGUAGACGGAAACUUAACAGAUGAAAGUGAUUUAUCAGAAAAUGAAAAAGCAAAUGAUACUUUACUCAACUAUUUUAAAAAGAUGGACCUGGACUUAAAGCCAGACACAAUAGAAAACUUUGAAGAAUCUUCCACAGAGGAACCAAGUGAAGUCUUUCCAUAUCCUGAUUUUCUUCCUCCACCUUUCAAUAGUCUGGACUUGCACAAAUUAGCCCUCUCAAAAUCUGAAAACUGGAAAGCAUCCGUGGACCCAUCAGAAAGCUCUGUUGAACACUUAAUAACUCGUUUACUGGAAAUGGAAAGAAUACAGCAUGUGACUAUUCAAAAAGAAAGGACAAGACUGCAAAGUAAUUUAUACACUCUAGCAGCUACUGAACGGCCCUCUUCCUCCAAAGCUAUGCCCAAAGUGAAACAGCCAAAACCUUCAGAGUCUUUGAGUCUUCAGACAACUUGUGUAGAUAAAAGUCGAGAAAAAAGAAAAAGCAAUUCUGGUUCUAGCAAACUUGAGCAAACUGCUUCAAAAUGGAAUUGGAGCAAUGCUGGAAAGUAUAGAUGGAAUGCUAGACCAACAUCUCUACAAAAUUCAUCUACUACAAAAGAAAUGAUUGCAAGUUCUGAUGACUUUAAGAACUCUCCAAACCCUAUUUUAAACCCAUGCCAAGAUCUCUCGACCAAGCCUAGUACUGCCCAAACAACUCAAUCACUGCUUAAAAUGGCCUCAACAAGAUGUCUUCCAGCCAGGUCUCCAAUACCAGUAUCACCUAUACCUCUGUCUUUUCCAGAAAAUCACAAAGAAGAACUUAAGCCACCAAGGACCAAAAAGAAACUUCACCAAAAAAAUGUAGUAUUAGAUAGACCAUUCUAUAUUCAAAAAUUAAACUGUUUAUCACCAUCUUAUAUAGCGAAGGAUAAGUCCUCACCCAUUGACCAAAAGUAA